AGAGCCAAAGAAAAGAGCCGUAAAACAGAAAGAGGGUACCGCUCCCCCCUCCUCUUUGUCCCGCUUCAGUGGAGGAGGAAAGCAGAAGACAGGUGUACUUAUUGAUAUGGAUUUAUUCAUUUAUUUAUCUAUUGAUUGUGCUUUAAUGAGUGUCGGGCGGUAGAGAGCGAGGCAGAAGCAGCUCGAGGAGGAGAAGGAGGAGGAGCGACAGUCCGACAGGAGGUUCCUGCUACGGAGCAUCACUUUAUUACUGGAUUAUUACCAUCUCUUACCAAAUACUUGCUUUGCGUUUUAUUAUUGUGUCGUGCAUGUGUUCUUCUACAGACCAGCCAGCUAAUAACCAAAUCUUUACGAGAACCAAAAAAAGAAGAAGAAGUGUUACACGGACAGUUUCUCCGUACCGGGGAUCCACCGGCUGGACACUGUUUGUUUGACACUUUUUCCUGACAGUGCAGGAGGAGACAUCUAUCUUUGCACAAGCUAAACCAAAGCAAACCCCGCCGAGGACACCGAGAGAGCCGCUGCGAGCUUUACGCACAGCUGUGUGGACCCAGUCCAUGGAGUCAGGUCGUGUCUGCGGUACAUCCAGAGGAGAGCAGCUGAGAGAGGAGCACCACCUGCACUACAUCAUCCACAUGGACACGAUGAGAGCUGAGACCAGCCGCUGUCCGCUCACCGUCAGCCCGUGCACGGAGAACCACUGAGAGCUGCACAUCUCCUCACGAGCGUCGCUGCGCGCCCUGCACACCGCUGGGUAGACGGGUGUGUGUGUGUGUGUGUGUGUGUGUGCCGGACUAGUUGACUCCGAGAAGACACAAGUAAGGGGGACCGUGAUAUCACACAGAUCUAGAAGCAGAGACAUGUGAAUCCGCUGAGACUCGAUCCACGGAAGAAAAAGCCAAAAAUACGGAGUCUCUGUUUUUAUCCAAAGCAUCCAAGCGUCUUUACCAGCGGCCGUCCACAAACCUUGGAAGCAGACGAAGAAAGGCCAAAGAAGGACGGAAAGCACGACGGAUAAGAAACGAAGAAAAGUGAGACUCAAAUAAAGAACAAAACAACGACCCCCAGGUCGACAGAGGACCAUGUUUGUCCCCCUGCCGGUCCCCUUCGUCUUUCAGAGAACAGCGUCCGACUUCAGCGCCUGGAGACUCAAGUCCUCGCUGGCUCCGCGGUCCAGCCCCGAUAUCAGGAUGUCUAAAGCAGCAGAGGAGGAGAAGCCUGGGGCUGAGUAUCCAGGGGACAGUUCAGACUCUGACAGAAACAGCCCUGAUGACCAGGUCCAGCCGAUGAAAACAAGCCCCUUCAGCGUCUCUCCCACACCGGCUGGCAGCAAGGGAAAGAGCGAGGAGAGCUCUGAGAUGUCCCACAGCACCAUCCCUCCUGCUCCUCCUGCUCCUCCUGCACCUCCCUCCCUACAACAGCAGCAGCAGCAGCAGCAGCAGCAGCAACAACAGCAGCAACAGCAGCAGCAGCAGCAGCAGCAACAGCAGCAGCAGCAGCAGCAACAGCAGCAGCAGCAGCAGCAGCACCACCACACACAGCUGAUGCUGGCUGGCAGUCAGCUGGCAGGGCUUGCCGCUCUCCUCCCGGCCCAGCAGCAGCUGCUCCUCCAACAGGCUCAGGCCCAGCUCCUGGCGGCCGCCGUUCAGCAGUCCAACGCCGCCCACGCCGCUCACGCCGCCCAUGCCGCCCACGCUGCCGCGCAGCAACAAGCCAACCAGCAGCAGCAGCAGAGCCAAUCACAAUCCCAGCAGCAACAGCAAACCAAACAGGAACAAACUGUCCAUGUCCCGCCUCCACCGCAGCUGGCCCUGUCGCAGCCAAUCCAGCUCACUGCCCAGGACAUCCAGCAGCUGUUGCAGCUCCAGCAGCUGGUUCUGAUGCCGGGUCAUCCUCUCCAGUCUCCAGCCCAGUUCCUCCUGUCUCAGCCAGCACAGGCACAGCAAUCGCAGCAGGGUUUGCUCUCGACACCAAAUCUGAUCCAGCUACCUCAGCAAAGCCCAGGGGGACUACUGACAACUCCACCUCGCCUGGGACUCCAAGCACAGAGGGAGAAGAGCAGCGAUGUUGUGGUCAGUGGAAGCAGCGGCGGCUCUAUAGUUGCCACCGGCAGCAGCGGCGUUGGCGUCGUAGGAGCCACCUCAGCGUCUAGCAGUGUCAUGCCUUCCUCGUUGACGUCCGGCUUGACUCCUGGAGGUCACGGGGGUCACAUGGGGGAAGAGCCCAGCGACCUGGAGGAGCUGGAGCAGUUUGCCCGCACCUUCAAACAACGACGCAUCAAGCUGGGAUUCACCCAGGGAGACGUCGGCGUGGCUAUGGGCAAACUGUAUGGCAACGACUUCAGCCAGACCACCAUCUCCCGAUUUGAAGCUCUCAACCUGAGCUUUAAGAACAUGUGCAAGCUGAAGCCGCUGCUUGAGAAGUGGCUGAAUGAUGCAGAAACCAUGGCAAUAGACAGCAUGCUGCCCAGCCCAUCUUCUCUCUCCUCCCCCAUGCUGGGCAUCGAGGGUCUGUCCGGCCGACGCAGGAAGAAACGCACCAGCAUCGAGACCAAUGUGCGAGUGGCCUUAGAGCGCAACUUCCACAUGAACCAGAAGCCUACCUCGGAGGAGAUCCUGCUCAUGGCAGAUCAGCUCAAUAUGGAGAAGGAGGUGAUCCGCGUUUGGUUCUGCAACCGCAGGCAGAAAGAGAAACGCAUCAACCCCUCCAGCAGCACUACCCCUCCCCUGCCUAGCCAGACCUCGCCUGUUGUGACACACAAAGCCUCCUGCUACAGCCCGCACAUGAUAUCGAGUCAGGGUCUGUCCCAGGUCACCACCUGUCUCAGCACAACAGCCGCCAGCUCUUCAGCAUCCUGCCCCAUGACUCCCGUCAGCUCAGCUGCAGUAGGCUCCACCUCUUCUUCUGUGACCCCGCCUCCUCACAGCACGGCUAGCCCCGCCACUUCCAGCCUUGUGGCCCUUGGGCUCAACACCGGGAACACAAUGAUGGGACUAAGCACAGGGAUGAACCCGGGCCUCAUUGGCAGCAACCCCCUGGCUACCAUGCAAGCCCUGGCAGCCAGCAGCGGUCAGCUGCCUAUCUCCAACCUAGAGGGUGGAGCGGCUCACAUGCUCCUGGGUGGACCUGGGGGUCACGCUGUACCUCCCUCUCUCCGCCAAUCUCUCUUCCUCAACCGGCCCACCCUCCUCCCCAUGGUGACCUGCUCCAUGGCGACAGCCUCCUCACCUGCCAUGGGACUGGUCAGCAGCGGUGGCGGCGGUGUGGUGUGCGGCCCGAGGCUCUCCUUUUCCCAGUCUCCGCCCCCUGGCGCCAGCGACCUCAUGAGCAUGACCUCGUGCCCCGAGGAGUCCGCGUCUCCUUGUUCAAGUCCAGCCUCUUUCUGUUCCUUCAGCGAAGCCUCGCCGCCGCCCAUGGGAGGGGCCAUGGCCGAGUGAUUCCUGACUGACGACCAAAGCAUCCUAUCAGAGGACGGCGAGGAGGAGGAAGUUAAAGGAGCUUUAAAAAUCUAAAUUUACAACCUCGCCUUUCAACCAAAGCCAUCUCUCUGUCUGAUCCAUCUCUCAUUUUGUCUCUCUCUUUCUCCGUCUCCCCGCUGAAGUCUUCUGAAGCCAAAAAUAUACACAGACAGAUGAGGGGAGGAAGCGAAGAGAGGGAGGAUGGAGAGGAUAGAGAGAACUGCCGAACGGAAGGGGGGAAUCUGAAACCAAAUAAUGAUCCACAGCUGGAGAGGUGGCACUGAGGAGUGUUUUUGCUCGGCAUCGGGAAACGAACAGCACGCUUUUCAUCGGCUGGAGAAAAUAUAAACUCGCUGAGGGCAGGGAUGAGAAGCCAACCUGUGUGUGAGAAAUGGGAGGCAAGAAGAAAAGACUUGUUCAACAAGCUCGGAAGGUCAUGUGGUUGCAACCAAAUUUUAAAAAAAGAAAAGAAAAGAUGCUAGAAGAGAAACACACACUUACAAAGAUGAAAACCAAAAUCUCCAAAUACCAAAAACUGAAAACCAAAAAUGACAACAAAAAAAAACAACAAACGGAGAGAAAAGCUUUAGUUCAAAAAGACUUUUGCAUCCUGAUCUGUCCAGGUUCACUUCAUUCUACUUCAUACCAAGCAUUUUUCAUUUCACUCAGGAUUUCCUUUAUUCUCAUUUUCAGUUUUAUAAAACAUCUAUUUUU